AAUCCAAACCUCACAACACCUAUAAAUUCCACUUAGCUUUCUUCUUCUCUAAGAAUUCCAUCACAGUUCACACGUGUGAAUGAUCACACUUCCAUAGCCAAACACUCUUCUAAGCUCUCUCUCACUAGAAUCUCGAUCAAUGUCAAUGGUGGAAGAAGACAAUACAAGAUCAAAAGCUCCUCCGACGAUCGGUUCGUCUCUUGUUCCGAUCAUCAAUAGGCUCCAUGAAGUUAUUGCUUCGGUCGGGAGUAAUUUGUUAAAUAUUUCUCUGCCUCUGGUGGCGGUUGUGGGGAGUCAGAGCAGCGGUAAGUCCAGUGCUCUUGAAGCGCUCGUCGGACGCGAUUUUCUUCCUCGUGGUUGUGAUAUAUGUACUCGGAGACCGCUUCUACUUGUGCUGGAGAAUCGGUCGGUGAGUCCUGGCGAUGAUGGAGCUGAGUGGGGUGAGUUUCGUCAUUUGCCUGGAAAGCUCUUCUACGAUUUUUCUAAGAUUAGGCGCGAAAUUCAGGCUGAGACUGACAGAGGAGCAGGGUUGAACAAAGGGGUUUCAGAUAAGCAAAUACUCUUAAAGAUUUCAUCUCCGAAAGUACCUAAUAUGAUGCUUGUUGAUUUACCUGGCAUAACUAAAGUCCCUGUUGGAGAUCAGCCUAGUGAUAUAGAGGCAAGGGUCAGGGAAAUGAUAAUGACCCAAAUUAGGCAAGAAAAGUGUAUUAUACUGGCUGUUAGUCCUGCAAAUUCUGAUCUGGCUACCUCAGAUGCACUACAAAUGGCCAGAGAUGCCGAUCCAACUGGUUCUCGAACAAUUGGUGUAAUCACAAAGCUUGAUAUAAUGGAUCGAGGAACUGAUGCCCGCAACUUUUUGCUUGGGAAAGUCGUUCCACUUCGCCUUGGUUACAUCGGUGUUAUUAAUCGGAGUCAAGAGGACAUUAAUAAAAACCGUAGCAUUGCUGAUGCUCUUUCCCGUGAAGAGAAAUUCUUUCGUGAUCAUCCUGUAUAUAGUGGUCUGUCUGGUUGUUGUGGAAUUCCCCAGCUAUCAAAGAAGCUGAAUCAGAUCCUGGAACAACAUAUCAGAAUGGCUCUCCCAAGUUUGAAGUCUGAGCUGAACUCAAAAAUGAUUGCUGUUGCUAAAGAACUUCAGACAUAUGGAAAUGUUGUAGAGGCUAAUGUGGAAAAAGGAGUAAUUUUGUUGAACAUUUUGUCAACAUAUUGUGAAGAUUUUUCUGCUUUGGUGGAUGGAAGUAGUCAGGAUAUAUCAACUAAAGAAUUGUCAGGUGGAGCCAGGAUCCUUUAUAUAUUUCAGUCAAUUUUUGUAAAGAGCUUGGAGGAAGUUGAUCCUUGUGAGGGUUUAAGUGACGAUGAUAUUCGGAUAGCUAUUCAAAAUGCUGCUGGUGCUAGAAAUGUAUUAAUCAUUCCAGAGGCCCCAUUUGAAGUUUUGGUUAGGAGGCAGAUUUCUCGGUUGUUGGACCCUAGUCUUCAGUGUGUACGAUAUGUUUAUGAUGAACUGAUAAAGAUUAGUCGUGCUUGUGAAGUAACAGACUUGCAAAGGUUUCCAAAAUUGAGAAGGUGCAUGGAUGAAAUUAUGGUAAAGUUUGUACGUGAUGGUGUAAAGCCUGCUGAGAGAAUGAUAAGAAAUCUUAUUGAGAUGGAGAUGGAUUAUAUAAAUUCUUCACAUCCAAAUUUUCUCGGUGGCAGCAAAGCUGUUGAGCUUGCUUCGGAGCAAUUGAGAUCACAACAGGGCAUUGCAGAUGUUGAAAAGCCAAUAGAGAAAAGCCAGAAUUCUCGAGCUGUUAUUACUAGGUCUCUGGGAAGUCGGUCUUCAGUGAACAAUGAGAAACCUGUAUCAUCUGGGGGGAACACAUCGACGAGGACUUGGGGUAUCUCUUCUAUAUUUGGGACUAGAGGAUCGUCUGGAGGGAAUCCAUCUAGCAGUGGAACCUUAGGUGAGCUUGAUGGUUCUGAUCAGAUGCCUGCUACAAUCCAAUUAAUAGAGCCCCCAUCUGUAUUAAGGCCACUUGAAGCUACAGAGGACGAAACAGUCAAAAUUUUUGCAACCAAAUUACUCAUCCGAUCUUACUAUGACAUUGUCAGAAAGAAUAUUCAAGAUCUAGUGCCAAAAGCUGUAAUGCAUUUUCUGGUGAACCACACGAAACGGAAAGUACAGAGUACCUUUAUACAGAAACUUUACAGAGAGGACCUGUUUGAAGAGUUAUUGCUUGAAGAGGAUGAGGUUGUUUUGAAAAGGAAGCGCAAUGAAGAAUUGUUUAAGGUCUUACAAGAGGCUAUUGAGCUGCAAUACAAGCUUGUGCCUAUUAUUUCAGAUGCUUGAGGAAGUUGAAUCCGAUAUCUCAACUGGAAAGAGGUCUCCCACGGAUACAAGUGCAACUAUAGCUCCGUCAAGCGUUAUAGGGAUCGGAUAUCAGCUUCAUUCAACUACCAAAAGGUGAUAACUGUAAAUAUUACACAUCAUAUGCUUCACUAACUGAGAGCUUGAGGAUUAUUUCAUAAUAAUAUAUAGCAGUUAUUACUUCGGCAGCCAUUUAAUUUAAUUGAGUGUACAGUUCAUGUUCUUCUUAUUAAAAUUAAGGGUGAAUUUUUUAUUGCUUAUUUAGUAUUGGAAGUUUAAAACAGCUUUAUCAUUACACUAAAUAAAACAUCUCCACAGUUUAAGAAUACACUUACACUGAUAUCCAUGCCAAACAUCUACAAUGUAUUUGAUCAGCAAACACUUGUGUAACAACAGCUAGCCAAUAUUAUAAUUCACUAAUGUUGACACAAGCGUUUUCACAAUGUUAAGUUUCAACAUCACUUUUCACGUUCUGUAUCCAUAUAUCAUCACUUAAAAAUUUUCAUUUCAAUGGUAAUAAUUUCAUUGAAAGUUCACAAUCUCCUGUGUGUUCUAAUGAAGUUGGUAGUAUUCAUAGCAAUAGCUGUUGAACAGGCAUAAGCCCCACCAGAGCACAAGGCCGCCGAUACCAAAAGAAUGGUCUUCCACUGUCUCCCCGACACCAAAAUCGCCAAAGCAGUCAACGCCACAGCAACUGCCGAGAGACCCUUUUUCCAUGCCUCAAAAGCUUUGACCACAGUCCUACACCCUUUACAAUGUAUCACAUGCCGAAAAUACCGGUUGGAAAAGUUGGGCGCGUGCAUUGUUCCUAUCCCUCCUUUGGCUGGUGAAGAAGCUGAUAUUCCAGCAACAAGUCCCGCAGGAGCAUGCUCCACAACCGCCGGCUCUUGAGGUAACCAUAUCGUGCC